GGGCUUGGACAACAAGUGCUCUGUGUAUCCCCUGACAUUCGACAAGAACGAGAACAUGGCUGCCAAGAAGAAGUCUGUCGCCAUGCACACCAACUACCUGUCGGCCUGCAGCUUCACCAACUCCGACAUGCAGAUCCUGACGGCCAGCGGAGACGGGACGUGUGCCCUGUGGGACGUGGAGAGUGGGCAGCUGCUGCAGAGCUUCCAUGGGCACGGGGCUGAUGUUCUCUGCCUGGACCUGGCCCCCUCAGAAACCGGAAACACCUUCGUGUCUGGGGGAUGCGACAAGAAAGCCAUGGUGUGGGACAUGCGCUCGGGCCAGUGCGUGCAGGCCUUUGAAACACACGAAUCUGACGUCAACAGUGUCCGCUACUACCCUAGCGGAGACGCCUUUGCUUCUGGGUCAGAUGAUGCCACGUGUCGCCUCUAUGACCUCCGGGCAGACAGGGAAGUCGCCAUCUAUUCCAAAGAAAGCAUUAUAUUUGGAGCAUCCAGCGUGGACUUCUCCCUCAGUGGUCGCCUGCUCUUCGCUGGAUACAACGACUACACCAUCAACGUGUGGGAUGUUCUCAAGGGCUCCCGAGUCUCCAUCCUGUUUGGACAUGAGAACCGUGUCAGCACUCUGCGCGUGUCCCCUGACGGGACUGCUUUCUGCUCGGGCUCGUGGGAUCACACCCUGAGAGUCUGGGCUUAAUCAUGUCACAGAGACAGAAUGCACCGAGAAUAAGACAUGAAAUCUUCACCUGUAAAUAUCCAUGACUUCUAGAGGAGUGGAGGGUUUCCUGCGGGUUAACUUAAGGAAGCAACUCCAUAGCUCAAGACCCAGAACACAGCUCCGGUAUCACUAUUAAAACCACCACCCCAGAAAUACUCCAGCGUUAGCCGUCAGCACUACAAGAACCCCUUUAACCACAGUGUUUUUCACUUUGAACACUUUCUAAAAUUUGUCCAUUUGUAAGAAUAUUCUGAAUUUUAUUAGUCUCAGCUCAUUCUGUUACCAAUAGGAUUCAGCAUUUAAAACAUUCUGCCAGAGCUGAUGGCUCACGCCUGUAGUCCUAGCUUCUUGGGCGGUUGAGAUCAGGAGGAUCACAGUUUAAGGCCAG